AUGGGCGACGGAUCCUUCGCCAUCUCGUCCAACGCCCCGUACAUUCCCUCGCCUCCUCCUGGUGCAAACGACCGCGAGGAAGUCUACGCGGAUGGCCGUACGGGCUGGUUCGAGCCCGGGUAUCAUGCUCAGUGGUGGAGCAGCGCGUUUGAACACCGCGCGUUCAUCUACGAAGCCCCGGACAAUGACGAAGGAGUCGACGCUGCUUUCGUUAAACUCGACUUCAAGAAAGGGCGAAUUCCGGCGUCCUUCUACGUCUCGUGCAUUCAAAAUGGGACCGGCACCCCUACUCGCAACUUCUCGCUCGCCCUGAGAACUCUUUACGACGCCGAGCUUCGUCGCGCCGAGGAGUUCUAUAACCUCGACCGUUCUCCCCCCUCUGGCUUCGUCCUCCGACCCACCUGUGUGCAGGACGCUCUCUACGACUUCAGCAGCCUCACCGUCGACCUUCACUCCAUGCGCAAGAUCGUCGCCCUCAUCCAACGACACCUCCUGGAGCUGCGAGCCUACGCGCUUCACGCCUACUUACGGCGCGCCUUUGCGGAAGGGCGCUUUUCGAUUCCCUGCCCGGACCUGGUGGGCAGAGGAUGUUGGGUGGAUGAGGGGAACGAUGAGGUUAGGAAGCGUCUCGCCUGGUGUGGCGUCCCCGUCUGGUACGUCUCUCGUUCCCCUCCUCCCGAGAGCAAGCUUGUCUCGUCCAUCGCUCCCUUGGACGACCGACUCUCGUGGGAAGAGUGGGACGUCGCGGAACACGCGCCGCCUCAACCACUCGGAAGACGGACCCGACAAAGGAUGCGCCAACUCCAAGCCGACCUGGACAGCGCCGAGGAGGACUCCGAUCUAGAUAUGGGCGACUCAAGGCGGCGGGACCGAGGCCCUCCUCGCCGAGCUUCACCGGCGCCGACUGUCCCUUCUCUGCCGGAUCGAACGGAUGGGGCGACUACCGCGGCCUCGCUCGAGAACCUGGAGGAGGGAUGGGUGAACCAUCCAGCCCCUGAGUCUCUUGCCGAACCACUUCCUCAAGCUCGAACCCCGCGCAGAGUGUCGGAACUGCCGCUCCUGCGCGAGGAUUCGCUCGCGAUCCCGCCACCCCUAAGCCUUCGCGGAGAAACGGUAGCGCCGCUCCCGCGUGCGGACUCGCCUAUGGCCGUGUCGCUACCAGCCAGCCCGGUCGAGUCGUAUGCGCCGCUCCCUACGGCUCCCUCUCCUCAGUCGCCGCCCCCGCGCCCCGCCGUCGACAAAGGAAAACGAAGAGCGAAGUCUCCGUCGCCUAGCCCAUACGGGAGAUACGGCCCGUCCCUCCGUCGUUCCCCUUCCCCGGACUCACGACCCCUCCGUCGUGCCUUAUCUCGGUCGAGAUCUCCUCGGCCCUAUCGCCCUCGCCCGCGAUCGCCCUACCGCGCUCGAUCUCCGCCGCGUCCUCCGCUCAGGAGAGGUGGCGACUUUUACCGACCCCCUCCUUCGUCUGGGUAUACGAGGCGAUCCAGUCGAGACAAGAUGCAUCGAGCGGAGCCUCCGGAAAGAGCUCCCAGGACCUCCAGGGGACGCAGCCCGGUGAGACGAUCCGAUCCCCCUAGUCGACCUCGUUCCCCUCCUCGCGAACGCGUCUCUCGGGACAGCCCGACCACGUCCAGUCGGUCCCUAGCUGAACGGAUUCACCCACUAUCCGCGCCUGCCCCGACCCGAUCGCUCGAGGAACGAUUGAGGAGCGGAGCGUUGAACACUGCCAACCCUGCCCCCGUCGAGGACGUGAACGAGCCCGGCCCCUCUCUCCUCUCGCGAUUGAGUGACUCGCGCUCCCUGCUCGCUCGGGUAGGGACAACGCUUGAGGAACGGCUCUCUGACGUCAGCACUCGCGAGCCCAAGGACGACGAACCCGUCGUCGAGGACGAGGACGAGAGUGCCCAGGACCAAGAGACGGCGAACCAACCCGCGAACCCUAGUCGGAUCGUCACCCUCCCGUCCGGAGCUCCCCUCAGGACGAGGCUGAACCUUCACUCUCCGUCCGAAGUGGUCGAAUACAUUCGCCGACCCUUUGAACGUGACGAGUUCACGCCGGCCCCUCGACGUCCCUGGGAGAGCGAGCUCGGUCCGGAGCCUCAAUUCCCGGAGGAUGGGUUGCUUCUUCUGCCCUCGCCUCAGCUGCUGCUCGGCCGACCCGACGAUCGGUACGGAGCUCUCUUGAUGUGGCUCAAAUCAAGGGAUAAACAAGUGGAGGCAUUGAACCUACCGCCCGGAGAGUGGGACCCCCUCAAGUUCAAGGUCUGGAAGGGUCGCCUGCGUCCGGAUGCUGCUCUGAGCCGUACGCUCAAGACUUGCAACGUCCGUCCGCUCCCCGACGCCAUGAUACCGUACCUCCGAAACCCCGGUCCGGAUGAAGAGGACAAGGAAGUAUGGGAGCUCCGCACCUUCCACUUCCGGUCGAACGUCGAGCGUAUAGUGGCGGCCAAACAUCCGGCCAUGAGAGCGACUAUGUCGUCAACUGCUCGCGGCGCGCUAUGGGCCGGGAUCCGCGACCGAGUGCGACGAGUCUGGGGGGCAGGACUGUCCGUCUAUCCUUCCUACUACGAACCUCGCUACCUCGACAGUGAAGACGACGUGGUGCGGCUCGCGCACUGGUGCGCUCUGGGACGGAUUCUCUUGGAAUUGGACGUUAGGGACGACAUUGCAAAGGAUCUGAGACUCGCGGUGGGGGGCCCUGUUACGGAUGCGGCGGACAGGAUCAAGCGCCCGUCUCUGCUGAAGACGCGCGCUAUACGGAAUAGACGCCAGACUUACUUGCAUCCCACCACCUCGUCCGAGUGCGAUUCCGCCGCGCCGUACGAACUGGGAUUGAGUCUCUUCGACGUCGGACUCCUCGUCCUUCGUCCUCGACGCGAGCUCCCCGCUGCGCUGUCCUUCCGAGUCGUCUCCUCGUCGACUCCGCUGUCGAGCUCCUCGCCGACUGCCAGCGCGCUCCUCGCGCGACGACUUCAACGCGGGCUCCUCGCCUCGCUCACGCCUACAGCGGGCUCCUCGCCCCGUUACGACCUUUACGAUCCUCACGACCUCAAGUCCGUGGUCUUCCAUCGACACACGACCUCGAGUUCACGGCCUAGCCCGGCCCCUCGACGAGAGCGCGAUACCGCUAACUCUCACACCGGGUCCACCGUUCCAAACGGGCCAAAUGCACUCCGGGUGGACCGUUCGAAACGAAUAUACAAUGUCACACCCAUCUAUGGCCAAUAG